UCUGCUGUCUGGAGCUUCACCGAGCACCACCACCAUCCUCCUCCUCAUCCUCCCCACCCCUCAACCUCUCCCUGCGGGAACGACAAUAUCCAGCUCUUAAAAUUCCCAAUUUGGAAUUGCAAAUCCUCACCAAAGGACCCAGGUCGAGCGACAUUAAAUUUCCACAUUCUUUCUUUAAUGGCGUCAGAAAUGCGUCUCGCGCUCUCGUUAUCGUACAAGAGGUAUGGCGGCUAAUCAGACGCUCUGUGAAUCCGCAUCAGUCAGGUUUUCAAUGCAUGCGUUUGAUAUGAUUGUAAUACGAUCAUUUAAGCAUAAAACCGAUCUUUAAUAGUCAUUCAAAAGAUGCAUAUGAGUGCAUACGUUGCACAAAUAGCCUAAUCAAAUCGCAGGUGUUUUUGCAAACAGGAUUAAGCGAUGAAAUUCAAUUUCAAAAUGCAUGUCGGAAUGGACAGACUGAUUUAAAAGCACUGGUUGCAUUGGAGAGCGUUUGUGAUUACUGGAUGCUGAGGAGUCUGGGGAGAGUUUGAGGUGGUCCACACCCCGUCAUUGUUCCAGCCAUGUCCCCUCCAGCAUCCGCUGCGACAGCCAGUGAGAGCAGCACCACCACUGUGUUCGAGGACGACCCAGACGGCACUAGAGAGGAGCAGAGACCUGUGAAACAGUCACUGAGCAAGUCCAUGUGCAGAGAGGUGUUCUGGAAAUGCCUGCUGCUGUCUAUGCUCAUGUACGGCUGCAUGGGAGCCAUGGUGUGGUGCCAAGUCACUAAGGUCACACGGCUGAGCUUUGACAGUGCCUACAAAGGGAAGUCCAUGAUGUAUCAUGACAGUCCCUGCUCUGAUGGCUACAUCUACAUCCCCCUGGCCUUCCUCAUCAUGCUUUAUGUCAUAUACCUGGUGGAGUGCUGGCACUGCCAUGCCAAAAAUGAGCUUCAGUAUAAAGUCCACGUGGAGGGGAUUUACGAAAGAGUCCAGAGGAUGCAGCAGGCAAAGCCUUGCAUCUGGUGGAAAGCGAUCAGCUACCACUACGUUCGGCGGACGCGGCAAGUCACGAGGUACCGCAACGGCGACGCGUACACAACCACACAGGUGUAUCACGAGAGGGUGAACACACACGUAGCCGAGGCGGAGUUCGACUACAGCCACUGUGGAGUUAAAGAUGUCUCCAAGCAGCUAGCUGAUCUGGAAAAGUCAGCCAUCACCAAACUGAGGUUCACCAAGUGCUUUAGCUUCGCCAACGUGGAGUCCGAAAACUCUUAUUUGACCCAACGUGCAAGGUUCUUCACCGACAACGAAGGACUGGACGAUUAUAUGGAAGCUCGGGAGGGGAUGCACCUGAAAAACGUAGACUUCAAGGAGUACAUGAUUGCCUUCUCCAACCCCGACCACCAUCCUUGGUACAUCUCCAACUACGUCUUCUGGACAGCGGCCUUUCUUACUUUAUCCUGGCCGUUACGGGUGCUGACUGAAUACCGCACGGCUUAUGUCCAUUACCGUGUGGAAAAGCUCUUUGGUGCCGACUACAUACCUGUGACGCCCUGCGAUGAGAGACCUUACUGUAGACGAAUCCCAAGGGUCAACACCAUCGACAGCACUGAACUGGAGUGGCACAUUCGCUCCAACCAGCAGCUGGUGCCCAGCUACUCCGAAGCAGGUCUGAUGGACCUGGCACAACGUUCAGGAGGCGUCAGACAGAACUGCGAACGCUGCCAUCGUGCCAUCAGCAGCUCCUCUGUGUUCUCCCGAAGCGCUCUCAGCAUCUGCAACGGCAGUCCACGGAUCCCCUUCAGCGGGAGUCGCUUCUCCAUGGGAAGACUGUACGGUUCCCGCCGCAGCUGCUUCUGGAGAAGUGGGAGCGGCAGUAUGGAUGAACCCGAAAGCCCAAGCGAGAACACGCGAUGCCUGUCCGGACGGAUCAGUGUUGACGAGGAAGACCCACCGCCCUACCAGGAUGCACUGUAUUUCCCAGUGCUUAUCGUCCAUUGCAAUGAGAGCUGCCCCAAUCAUCGCUCCUUCCAUAGGAAUAGCUCUUGCGUGGAGACGUCUUUAUGAUAAACCUCUAUCCACCAAAAGAAACUCAAAAGUUCAAGAGCCUUUCUGAUAAUGCUGAAAAAUCUCAAUAAAUGAUGUGUCCUGUUACUCAGGAAUCAUUUACUGGUACACUUACAACCGUGGAUGGAGAUAUUGAGAAAUAACUCCAGUAAUACAUUUUUUUAGCAAUAAUGCAAACAAAGCAUUUGAGUUCUUGCUACAAGUAAUAAUUUUGAUUAGGACAGCGAAAACAGACGGACUUUGUUCAUAUGUUCUUGACAGCUAUAAAGAACAAUGGCCACAGAGCAAAAACCUGGUCUUUUUUCUACAAAUAUGACCAUUUUCACCUUUACGGACCAUGGACUUGAGGCUGAAUCAGUCGAAACAUCUGUAAAAGAAUGUUACUUUGUUUCUCUCAUGUAGUGGAUUCCAUUGGUUCAUGGAAAAUGUCAUGGGAUAUUUGUACUUUUUUUGUGAUUUAACUGUAUUAGGCAGAACUGUAUACAGUUAUGAACUAUUAUGGUGAUGUUUGCAACAAUAUCUCAAACCACUAAAGAAACCAUAAAACACAUUCCAGGCUAUGCAACUAUUAACCUCUGGUAUGUUACGCCUUUAAAACGUAUAUACAAUUUACAAUGGAAUGUAUGACUGUUGAAGCUUUUCUUUACAUUGCUUGUAUGUAGUGUACAAACUAUCCAACAAGGACUUCAUUAUUUACCGAAGACAGACACAAACUGGCUUGACUAUUAGUGACUGUUUAAGAGUUUAAUGGCUGGCGGCUUAUCUUGUGCACAAUUUCCAGUGGAUCGGAGUAAUUGAAAGGUCAAUUAAACACAGUACAAGAUAGGAAAUAUAUGUUUCUUUAUGCAUCUGUACAUUCAUUUAUUGAUUUGUUUAUACUGUUUGCAUUAACCAAAACAAAGGUGCAGCCUCGUAAAAGCUCCACUCAAGGUGUUUUUACAGUACCAAUAAUACCUGAAUGCUGAAAAGAAGUAUUGACCGUCAACAAUGGCCUAGUGCUUCCCAAAGACAUUUUGUUUUAUCUCAUUUAUACAGCCGAUUCAGAUAUA